GUUUCACGAUUUCUAGUAAGUACAAAAUGUGAUAUAAUUUUAAUGGAUUUAUUUUAUCUUUUAUAAGCGUACGCCGUUUUCAAGUGGCCAGUUUGUUUUCCAUUUUCAAAAUGAAAAUCAAAAGCAUCCUAAGUAUAUGGAUAUUCCCAAUAGUCUUGUCAGUAGCAUCAGCUGCGGCCAUUUUCUUUGGUGGUGAUGAUACCGAGGGCGCUGGUUUUGGCUUACCUGGCCUGAGCUUUGCGACGGGUGCAUUGAAUGGUGCCAUGGACAUAGCAGGUCAAAUGAUGAAUACUGGCACUGGCCUGGCGUCUAAAGUUUUCACCAUGGCGACCAGUGUAGUUUAGUCAUACAAGUUCUCCAAACAACAGAAGGAGCCGCUGUUCCAGUUACGCAAUAUUUAUGAAGAAAUCUUGCAUAAAUGUAAUAAAAAUAAAUAUUGUAAAACUAUAUAUAUCUGGUACAAAUAUUUAUUUCCACUUAGCAAUUUGGAAUUUCAAAUAAAUCACUUCUUAUUUAUUAAAUGUUUCUCAGGUAACACUUUUUUCUUUUGAUAUGUGGCCUUUCCUAUUUCCAUUGCUAGGUAGGAGAACUACAAAUGAGAUGAAAAGUAUGUUUAAAUGCUCAUACUAUAAAAAUACUGUAACAAACAAUUGAAAGAAUGUCUUAUUAGAUACUGGGAACUACUACCCACAAAGGGAUCAAAACUAGCUAUGCCACUCAGGAAGUGUAGCUUUCCAACACUGGUAGUAUUGUUUAAAUCGGCUCAGUAGUUUUGGAGCCUUUGAGGUAAAAACGAACAAUCAAAAAAUGUUUCCUAUUUAUUAUACUAGUAUAGCACAGAUAACAUUCCAACACUUAACAUUCCCUGGAAAUAUAUGAAGAUCUGAAAGUAUGAGAUGUUCAAAACGAAGGAGAUGAAUAUGCUCCAAUACGUUAUAAGGCCAGUAACUUGUAAAAGGAUGACAUACCUGGCAAUCGAUAGAGACUAUGCAAAAUAAUAUAAUAAACUAACCGUUUUACAUCGGUUUCACCCGGAUCCCGUGGGAUCUAAGUACUGCCUGUACCCGUAUAAAAUAUAGCCUAUGUUUACCGAAGAUAAUGUAGCUUCACAAUAGUGAAAUAAAUUUUCAAAUCGAUCAAGUAGUUUUGGAGCUUAUUCAUGUUAAACAAACAAUGAAAUCUUUUUUCUGUAUACUAAUUUUGUAGAUAACCUUUUCUACUACCAAAGUAGAGAAUGGAAAAAAUAUAAUUACGAAAUUACGCCUUUCCAUGAAGUCUUUUCGAUCGAUGCGCAUUAUGUUCUAGAAUCAUAAGCCUGUAAUAAGCACUGACAAAAACAUACUUACAUGACUUGUCUUUGAUCUAAGGAACAACCAGUUAUUUGUCACAAACUUGAUUGAUUCUUGUGCCUUUUACAUGCUACGAUUUUACUUAAGACUUGAUCUCGUUUAAGGAUUCUUACAAUGUUGAAAUUGAGAUCGAAUACUAUAAAUGGAUGUUAUUGCAACAAUGUAUUGCUCAAUACAUUCAAUUUAUUGAUUUAAAGAAAUGUAAAAUCACACUUCUAUCGGGGCAAGCGGUAAGAAAGAACCAUUUUCUCACAAUGGCUGAUAAAUCAUACGAUUCUUUAAAAGAAAAUUUUCUGCAUGAAAUGGAUUUCAUCAGUAACCUUGGCGUCAAAAUGUUCAUAUAUCCUUUUAUAGGCAGAUCCAAACUUGCCACUUACUGUUACCACAUCACAUAUGGACUCUUAUUUUUCACAAUGACCCAAUUAAUUAUUACUCUAACCUUAAUUUGUAUUAAUGACAUCGACGUUUUCGAGAUCAUCAAUGUGGCUCCAAACAUCGGAGUCUGUCUCAUGAUCCUGAUCAAAUACGGUAAAAUUCAUGACAAUAAAGUGCUGUAUGAUCAAAUUAACAAAAAUUUUCGAUUUGACAUAUGGGAAGCUAUUUCGGAUACACCAGCACACAAAGAGAUUUUACAUAAUAGUACAUGGAUGACUAAGAUUAUAUUGAGAUUUGAGUUCUAUUACACUAUUGGCUUGGUUAUCGUCAUUGAUUUGUUUCCAAGACUCAUCAUGGUUUACCAGAACAAUAUUUUGGGGAAAGAGAAACAGUAUUUAUACCCGUUUGAUGGUUGGUACCCGUUUGAUAAGAUUAAAUGGUAUGACGCUGCAUAUAUCUGGGAAAGCUUCAUGACAACAGUUGUAAUUUUUGUCUUCGUUUACGUUAAUAUGCUCCAUAUGUCUUACACACGAUUUAUAUGUUUGGAAUUGAAAAUUCUUGGUAGUUCCAUGGAAGGACUUAUUAGCAAUGAAGAAGUUGUUAAAAUCAAGAAACGUAAAGAUGUCGAUAGAAUACAUUGCAACAUUAGACAAAAACUAAAAUUUAUAAUUUGUAAGCAUCAAUUUUUGGACAGAAUAGUGUCUGAUUUAGAUGAAGUCCUAGGUGAUGGGAUGUUUUUGACAUACUUAUUUGGAUCUGUAUUCAUUUGCUUGACUAUAUUUACAGCAACGGUUGUGGAUGAUCUGUACAAAUCUAUGCGAUAUUUUUCUUUCUUCUGUUCUUUGCUCGUUGAAGUAUUCAUACAGUGUAUUAUAGGACAACUUCUUAUUGAUCAUAGUAAUAAACUGGAGAGAGCCAUAUACUUCGCAGACUGGGUAUAUGCUGAUUCCGAUACAAAGAAGAUGUUGCUAAUAUUCUUGAUGCGUUCACAAAAACCUUUUGGAUUGAGCGCAAAAGGCUACCUGACUAUGAAUUUAGAUACUUUUAGUGGGGUCUGCAGUUUGUCCUACCAGUUUUUCAAUUUACUGCGCACUGCAUACUCAGAAUAACGAUUUACUUAUAUAAAUAAAAUAUCUGUUGUAUAUCUUACACCUAUAUAGCAUACCUACACGAAGUAGGUACCUAGCGA